GGUCGGACGUGCUGUAUAUUUUGUCGCUGCGUAGAACUGUUGGGCACGCAUUGAGGGUGUUUGUGUUAAUAAUUGCGAAUAAAACUACUGUAUAGUUGGCGGAAGCAACAAAAACAACUGCCGCAAAAUCCAUUGAACAAAUUCGAUAAUCAAAACGUGUAGAAUUUUAAGUUGACGCUGUAUCUAUGUGUGUUCGUUGUGCAAAGUAGAAAUGGCAAAAGCAAAAGUAGCCAGCAAAUGUGUUUGUGUGUGUGCGUGUGUUAUUUUAUAGCUAUUAACGGCGGCAAAUUAGCAUUAAAUCAUUAAGCACUGCUUAUAAAAUACUUGAAGCGGCACAGGCUAAAGUACAACUGCACAUCGAUUCGGCUCCGAUUGCAACGCGCGAGCGACUCGUUUUGCAUAGAAAUGACAACCACAACGCAGAUGGAGUUCAACACCAAUGGCAACGGGAACGGCAACGGCAGCGCCGUAACCACAAUGGCAACUGCAACCAACACCAACUCCAACUCCGGCAGAGCCAGCCCAGAGCUGGCCAAAGCCCAUCCCGUGUCCAAGAGUCCAGGCGCCGUGGGCGCGGGCGCGGGCGUGGCAAGCACACAAAGAGCUGUGGAUGCCACCAAACGCAAGAAACUGAAAUCACGCAGUGCCGCAACAGCAACAUCAGCAGCGGCAGCAGCAGCAGCAGCUGCAACGGGCACAGCAACAACAUCCAACGGCAAAAACAAAAGCAGCAGCAGCAAUGGUAGCGCACGCGAGCAAUAUGCCAAGGAUCAUUUAGAUGCUUGGCUGGAGAAUUGCCUGCGGGAUGCGACAAAUGCGCAAUUGUCCUCGUCAUCGGAAUUCUUGGAUUUUAAUCCAGCAGCAGCAGCAGCACAGCAACAACAGCAACAACAGCAGCAACAGCAACUUCAGCAGCAGCAACAACAACAACAACAGCAGCAGCAGCAGCAAUUUCUUAUGCGUUCGCAGUCGCAACCUUUUGGUAUGGGCGCUGCCACGCCCUUUAGCCUGGGCAUACAACGCCACUCCCAGCCGCUUAGCUAUCGCUAUCCCAUGCUCUUUCCGCAACAGCCCAAUGGCUACGGGCUGGGCUUUGGCCUGCCGCUGCCUGGCGAUGGUGGGCAGGAUUUUACCAGCCUGCCGCCGCUGGUCAAUAUGAUGGGCGGAUUUGGCGCCAGUCCGGAGCAUGACCAGAACUCCACCGAUGUCCUAGAUGGCAGCGGCAGCAAUCCGAACAUUAGUCGCGGCUUUCGCUUUAGUGAUCCCUGCCUGCUAAAUCCCUCGGACAAUGAUUCCAAGCUAAGCGGUCAGAAUACGCCGGACUGUCGCAAUGGCAAUGGCGCCCCUGGCGCGGGCAUUGGCAAUGGCAAUGGCGACUUGGAGCACCAGAAUAAAUUCUUUGCCGCGCUAAUGGAACAGAUUAACAUAUUGCACGAAACGAAUUCCAAAAUUUGUCGCAAUUUGCACGAGACGAAAGUCGAUAUCGAAGCUUUGAAGCACGCUCCCAAUGGCCAGCCCUGGGCUGGUGGCGGGGGCAUGCGGCACCGUAGAGAUAGCUUGAGCGGAUUAAGCACACAAAGUCAGCCCUUGGUAUUUGGCGGCGGAUUCGGUGGCACUCACAGUCCAGCGCCCACCUUUCAUUCAGGCGCCUACACGCCUGGCAUGAUGACGGAUGUUGUGCGCGAGGUCAAAGAGGCGGCGCGUGUGCGCGAGGAUGCGCUGAUUAAUCGCGUCAAGUCCAUGGUGGAGGAGCGCCAGUGGUCCAUGAGUGAGGGCAACGUGCGCAUACUGCGUGACAUAGAUGAGCUAAAGUCCCAUGUGAUGCAGCUGCGCGUCGAGCGCAAGGAGACGAACAAGCGGGUGUCCCAUCUCGAGGCGGAGAACAAAUAUUUGCGCCAGGCCUUGGCCAGCUUAUUCAAUCAACGGCAGGCGUAUCACGACAUUAUAUACGAGAACGAACGCGCACGUGCCGCACGUGGCAAGGCACCAUUUGGGUUUCCCAAUGGCGGCGCUCGACGCGCACACUCCCUGAAUCUGCACUAUGGCACUGUGCAUCAGGCGCCGGCGCAGCCCACACAGCUGCUGGAUGAGGAUGAUGAGGUGCAGCUGGAGGACGAGGAUAAUGAGGAGCUGGUGUUGAGUGCGGCGGGCAACAAGCGACUGUCCAGCUCCAGCAAUGAAUCUCGCAGCAAUGGCCUGGCCACGCCCACAGCAAAACAGCCGCAGGCUCAGCCAGUGCAAAGUCCGCCCAAAUUUGCAUCGAUAACGGAGCAGUUAGCGUCGACGCCCACGCCCCCGCCGCCGCUGCUGCCGCGCAAAAAGGAGCAUGCCCAACUGAAGCGCGAACUCAGCGAAGCGACCAGCGCACGUAAGGAGGCCAAUCAGCGUAUCAUAGCACUCGAAAAAUUGGUUAAAGACCUAAGCGCCCAGGUGGCCAGCCAGCCGAAUUGGAAUCCAGGUGUGACGCCGAGCACCGCUGCCACGGCCAACAGACUCAGCCUCGCCGGCGGACCCAUUACGGACUUAUAGUUCUAGCUAACCGGCUGCGGCGAUGAUAACGCGCCCGGCACCAGACAACACAAGACAGCAGCCGGCUUGCGUGUGACACACUUAUAGCAGGCACCAAAUCUUUGGGGCGACCGGCAACAGCGGCGACUGCACACAUUUCGUUUCAAAAUUAUUUAUAGAUCACUGACCUAUGCAUAAAAGAAAACAACAACAACAACCACAACAAAAAACCAUGUUUAAUACACACAUAAGCCAAAAGAUCAUGUUAAGUAUACGACAUGUUGAUCGUAUUCCAAAGGCAAAAUCCCCCAAUCCAGCAUUUUAUAAUUGUGUCCCAAAUCCUCAGGCCGCACAAAACAUCUGUUGAGUCCACACAAUUUGUAACUAAAACAAUAUAGUAACUACACUUACCUACAACUAUUAACUUUGUAACUAAUAGCGAGAAUCGUGUACCUAUAUAGACAUACAUAUAUACUUGAUAACAAGCGAACAAACAUCAAAAUCUAUUAAGAUCUAAUUGUUUUGUUAAGGGAUGCAAUCUUUACACUUUACACAUACGUACGUUCAUCAAUGUUGUUGUGCAGUGUAUUAGUAUUAAUCAAUAUUUUUUAAUAACUUACAUUAAACAGAUUUAGGUGCCAUUUGAUAUAAACAACCAGUACAUGUUUUAUUUAACUACGCCCAGGUCUGGAAUUGCUUUUACAUACAUUCUUAUUUAUACAUAAACAUGUUUGUAAAUUGUAAAAAAUAAUUCACAUACGCCUGCACGAUUAUAUUAUGGCCAUCUAUAAGUAGACGGAAGACAGAAUUUUACUUGUAGAUAUACAUUACUAAAAGAUCCAAAGUAGAGAGGGGCUUGGAGUAAAGGCAGGAGAAAAAAAGAGAAUGUUGAGAAUUGAGAAAGAAAAAGAGUAUAGUUGAGAAAAUUAAAGUGAGAGAAAGCCCAGCGAUAAAGCUUAUAAAAUUGCCAAAACAAACUGUCAAUAACACUUAUAAUCAACGCAUGAAAACCUACAAGUCCUACAUAAAUUAAUGAGAAUCGCAAAGUAGGGCAACAAAUUAAAAAAUAUUUUUCUAAUUUUAUGCACAUCGGGUGGGAUAGUUAAAAAUUGCAGAUAAAUUUGUUUAAUACAGGACAUACAUAGGUACAUACAAACAUGCAUAACAUUCACAUGUUUAUGUUCACACAUACAUGUAUACCUAUUUACAUACACACAUGGAUGUAUAUACUGGCUUAGUUUCACAAACCAUUCAAAACAGAUCAAAUUUUGUUGUAAUAAAUCAUGCCAUAAUUGACAAAAGUUGCGAAAUAUAAAAUUCCCGGAUCCAUAACAUAUACCCUUUCUUUUGGAGUUCUCGUAACUUUAUGAAAACUUAGACGAUAUUCAUGCUUAAUUCUGCACAUUAUUUUAUUUAAUUCUGGAAACUACAAUUUUCGGAUUCGUUUGUUAAAAGCAGAAUAAAAAGACGGUAAUUCUAGUUUAAUCAUACAUAUGUUACAUACAUAUAUGUGCAUUUAUUGAGAACAUUUCGUCAGAUAAACACAUUCAUACAUAGGAAUAAAGUAAAACUAAUAAAAUGAAUUAAACGUGGGCUCCUCCAUUGCAGCCCCAGCCCUUGCACGCGAUUAACUCAGAGAUAGAACUGAUGACGCCUCCAGUAGCCAGUUUCGUGACCGAAUGGUCAAAUCAAGGCUUAUA